AUGUCCAUCCCAGAGCUCCAACAAGCCGCCGUGGUUGAGAACCCCGGCGAUAACUUCACAGUUGUCCUGCGAAAUAAUAUACUGGUCGGGAAUCCUGGUACAGAUGAGAUUCUCAUCAAGCUGAACUGUACAGGCAUUUGCCAUUCAGAAGUGCGCGCUGUCCUGGGAUGGGGUGUCUACAACUCCAUCAUUGGUCAUGAAGGGGUAGGAACUGUCGUCAAGGCAGGUCCCAACGUCUCGCCAUCAUUAAUGGGGCAGCGUGUGGGAUUCAAGUGGCUAUACAAUGCCUGCAUCGAAUGUUCCAUCUGUCAACGAGGCUUCUUCCAGAACUGUCCCAAGCAACUCAACACUAGUCGCCAUGUUCCAGGCACUUUGCAACAAUAUGCUAUUGCCGAUGCUCGCUUUAUCACCCGGAUUCCGGAAGGGGUUCCUAACGAAGUUGCCGCUCCAUUGCUUUGUGCUGGCCUCACGAUGGCCGGUGCUUUGGCCCAUCUGGACAAUGAGCUACAGCCGGGGGACUGGGUUGUCAUUUCAGGUUCCGGUGGCGGUCUUGGUCACAUCGGUGUUCAACUCGCUGCUCGGGUCAAAAAGUACCGUGUGAUUGCAGUGGACAGUGGUGAUGAUAAGAGAGAUCUCAGUCUUUCCUCUGGUGCUGAAGCCUUUGUUGAUUUCAAGACCGAGGACGUUACAAACCGAGUCCUUGAGCUCACAAAAGAGGGUGCUCAUGCGACGAUCGUGGUCCCCGGUACAAAGGAGGCUUUCCAAAUGGCGCCGACUUUAGUCAGGAAUAUGGGUCACAUUAUUUGUGUUGGCCUUCCCCGAAAUGACAUAGAACUUCCUAUCUCGGCCACGCUCUGUGCUGCAAGAGGGCUCACGAUCAAGGGUUCUUCGGUGGGAUCUGAGGAGCAAAUGACUGAGCUACUACAGCUCGCUCGCGAAGGGAUAAUCACUCCUGAGAUUGAGGUGUUCCCAUUUUCGGAGGCACCAAAUCUGAUUCAGAGUAUCACAAAAGACGCAAUUAGAGGGAGAGCAGUCGUUAAGAUUCCCUAG